UCAUAUGCUGUUCAACACGGCUGCGGAACCUGUAAUAGGAGAACAAAUGUGAAGGCGCAAAUGAAAGGAAGCAGGGUUUUUGUGUUAGACUGAACACAUUGAAGUGCCUUCCCAGCCCCCUGCUGGAGCCCAUACUGACAGUGUUGAAUUGAGACAUUGUACGCUGUGGCCUAGCUAGCGUGUACGCUGCUGCCAAGGCAGCAAGGCCUGUUCCAAGAGGCAGUUAUCGUCUGCAUGGAGAGGAGCGGCUGCAGUCUAUUCCCAGUAUGCUGGGCCAGAGAAUAUGAACGACACAUAGCAUCUAGUAGAAGCAUGGCAGCUGGUUACCUUGACCCGAACUUGAAUCACACAGCAGGUUCAGGAGCCAAGUCCCGUUUGAGUAUGGAACGAUCUCCUGGUGCCAUGGAACGAGUGUUGAAGGUCUUCCAUUAUUUUGAGAGCAAUAAUGAGCCCUCAACUUGGGUCAUGAACAUCAGGCAUGGUGAUGCCACUGAUGUCCGGGGUAUUAUUCAGAAGAUUGUAGAUUCUCACAAAGUUAAAAAUGUGGCCUGCUUUGGAAUUCGACUCAGUCAUAUGCGUUCUGAAGAGGUCCACUGGCUGCAUCCAGACAUGGGCGUUUCACAUGUACGUGAAAAGUUUGAGCAGCAUCAUCCUCCAGAAGAAUGGAGAUAUGAGUUAAGAAUCCGAUAUCUACCUAAAGGCUUCCUGAAUGAGUUUAAUGAAGACAAGCCAAGUUUAAAUUUCUUUUAUCAACAGGUUAAGAAUGAUUACAUGAUGGACAUAGCAGAUCAAGUGGACCAGGAUAUUGCACUGAAGCUGGGAUGCCUUGAGAUCAGGAGAUUUUAUAAGGAAAUGCGGGGAAAUGCCUUGGAAAAGAAAUCCAAUUAUGAAUUGUUAGAGAAGGAUGUGGGUUUGAAAAGAUUCUUUCCCAAGAGCCUGAUGGAAUCAGUAAAGGCGAAAACACUGAGGAAAUUGAUACAGCAAUCUUUUCGACAGUUUGCUAAUUUGGAUGAAGUGCAAAGUGUUCUGAAAUUCUUUGAGAUUCUGUCUCCAGUUUACAGGUUUGACAAGGAGUGUUUCAAAUGUGCCCUUGGGUCAAGCUGGAUAAUUUCAGUUGAAUUAGCAAUUGGACCUGAAGAAGGCAUCAGUUAUCUUACAGACAAAGGCUCUAUGCCAACUCACCUGGCUAAUUUUAACCAGGUACAGACCAUUCAGUAUUCAAACAGUGAUGAUAAAGACAGAAAAGGAACUUUGCAGCUAAAAGUAUCUGGAGCAGCAGAGCCCUUGACAAUAACAACUCCAUCACUGAACAUCGCAGAAAACAUGGCAGACUUGAUAGAUGGUUAUUGUCGCUUAGUGAAUGGGAUCAUGCAGUCGUUCAUUAUUAGGUCCCAGAAAGAAGGAGAACGGGCUUUGCCAUCCUUGCCCAAAUUGUCAAACAGUGAAAAACAGGGCUUGAGGACACGGACCGUCUCAGUCUCAGAAACCGAUGACUAUGCAGAGAUCAUAGAUGAAGAGGACACAUAUACCAUGCCCUCCACCAGAGAUUAUGAGAUACAGAGGGAGAGAAUUGAAUUGGGCCGCUGCAUUGGAGAGGGGCAGUUCGGUGAUGUGCAUCAAGGAAUUUAUAUGAGUCCUGAAAACCCCUCAAUGGCUGUUGCCAUCAAAACAUGCAAAAACUCCACUUCAGAUAGUGUGCGAGAAAAGUUCCUACAGGAAGCCUUGACAAUGCGGCAGUUUGACCAUCCUCAUAUAGUGAAGCUGAUUGGCGUAAUUACAGAAAAUCCAGUCUGGAUAAUUAUGGAACUGUGUACCUUUGGAGAGUUACGGUCGUUUUUACAAGUAAGAAAAUACAACUUGGAUUUGGCCUCCUUAAUUCUGUAUGCUUACCAGCUCAGCACAGCACUAUCUUAUCUGGAGAGUAAGCGAUUUGUACAUCGGGAUAUUGCUGCCAGAAAUGUCUUAGUAUCGUCAUUAGACUGUGUAAAGUUAGGAGACUUUGGUUUAUCGAGAUACAUGGAAGACAGCACUUACUACAAAGCCUCGAAAGGGAAGCUGCCCAUCAAAUGGAUGGCUCCUGAAUCGAUCAACUUCCGCCGGUUUACCUCAGCUAGUGACGUAUGGAUGUUUGGUGUUUGUAUGUGGGAAAUUCUAAUGUAUGGAGUGAAACCAUUUCAAGGAGUAAAAAAUAAUGAUGUAAUUGGUAGAAUAGAAAAUGGUGAGCGGUUGCCAAUGCCUCCAAAUUGCCCUCCAACACUCUACAGUCUCAUGACGAAAUGCUGGGCAUAUGAUCCUAGCAGAAGACCACGUUUCAAUGAACUGAAACAGCAGCUCAGUACAAUAUUGGAAGAAGAGAAAGUGCAACAGGAAGAAAGAGUAAGAAUGGAGCAGAGAAGGCAAAUCACAGUUUCCUGGGAUUCAGGAGGAUCAGAUGAAGCCCCUCCAAAGCCCAGUAGACCAGGCUACCCAAGUCCAAGAUCCAGUGAUGGUUUCUUUCCCAGUCCACAACAUAUGGUGCAGCAUAACCAUUAUCAGGUUUCCGGAUUUACUAGUUCACAUGGAAUUUCGCCCAUGCCUGGAAGUAUAUAUACUGCACAGGCAAGUGUAUUAGAUGCUCAUGAUUCCUGGAAUCACCAUAGACCUCAGGAUAUUCCAAUUUGGCCACAAAACCUGGAGGAUUCUGGCACUUUGGAUAUGCGUGGAAUGGGGCAGAUGCUCCCAACAAAUGUAAUGGAAGAGCAGUUGUUAAGGCAGCAGCAGGAAAUGGAGGAGGAUCAACGAUGGCUUGAACAAGAAGAGAAGUUUCUGAAACCCGAUCCAAGGUCAAUGAGGAACAAUGUUGAUCGAGAUGAUGGUGGUCUCCUGGACCCAAUUGGGAAUCAGCACAUCUAUCAGCCUGUAGGUAAACAAGAGCAUGCAGCGCCACCAAAGAAACCUCCUCGACCUGGUGCCCCUAGCCAUGGAGGAAGCAUUGCCAGCCUAAACAGUCCAAUUGACAAUUACAAUGAAGGAGUGAAGAUUCAACCACAAGAAAUAAGCCCCCCACCCACAGCUAACCUGGACCGUUCCAAUGACAAAGUGUAUGAAAAUGUAACUGGAUUGGUGAAGGCUGUGAUAGAAAUGUCUAGUAAAAUACAGCCAGCACCUCCAGAAGAAUACAUCCCGAUGGUAAAGGAGGUUGGUUUGGCAUUAAGAACUUUAUUGGCUACAGUGGAUGAAACAAUUCCUUCACUUCCAGCAAGCACCCAUAGAGAGAUUGAGAUGGCACAGAAGUUACUAAACUCUGACCUAGCAGAAUUAAUUGGAAAAAUGAAGCUGGCCCAACAAUAUGUGAUGACAACUCUUCAGCAGGAAUACAAGAAGCAGAUGCUGACAGCUGCACAUGCAUUAGCCGUGGAUGCCAAAAAUUUGUUGGAUGUUAUUGACCAAGCCAGACUGAAAAUGAUUGGAGGUCAAUCUCGGCCCCUCUAGCUGCCCGAAGCUUGCUCUGGGGGUUUUUGAAAUGAUUGUGUGAUCAAGUCUACCACCAGCAUGUGGAAUCACAAAGAGCCAAAAAAAAGACCUUAUCUAUCUACAUAUGUAUAAAAAGCAGAAAAAGUACUGUCAAGUCGAGGAUUCCGGGACACCUGAGGGCUGAGAAUUCUUGCUGUACAGUACAGGAACUCCAGACUGGAACUCUAAUCACUGAAUAGAAAUAGACCAAUAUUUAGCUGCAAUACGUCGACAGGAUUUGAACAAAGAUGUUAUAUUUUCAGACUGAAGUCAUUUAAGGUAACAAAAUUAAAAUCGUUCUUCGUUACUCCACCUCAGUGUAGUGAAUGGAGGUUCUCCUGUAUUUUAGCAACACUCUGAAGUGUUAAUUUAAAAACUAGCAUGUAGAAUAGACCUGAGACUGUAUCGUGCUUCAAGCAGAAAUACAUGCUAGUUGUGUAGAAAAAACCUGGAACAGAUUGUGCUGCAUUUGCAGAUGCAGCAAACUUGAGUGCUGUGUAUUAAUAUUUCUUCUGCUAUUGUUUAACUUCAUUUUUUUAAUUAUUUAAAACAAAAGCCACAAUCACAAUUAAAAACAAACUAGUUACUAACCAUCUUGUUUCUGGCUUGUCGAAGAGUUUGUGGGAACAGUGUAGUAUGCAGGCGUGGUACAUUUUAUUUCUAUUUUCCAUAUGUAUUACCUGUUCUCUGGAACUCCCUCCUUCAUUUUGGGGUAUAAAUUAUUCUCAGGAAGAAUAUAAUGAACUGUACAGUUAUUUGACCUAUUAAAAAGGUGUUAAUAAAAAGCAAAACCUUGUAAUGUUUUGUACAUAUUACCUGACAUACAUCUGCACUUUGUCUCAGUUAAGCAUAGGACUGGGCAACAACUCCAGAAUUGUAAAUGAUUUAUGAGCUGGUACCAAAAGUACCAGUCACAAGAGUAUACGAAUCCAAUUAGUUGACAAAUAUUCUCAUGCUGUACAGGAAAGGGAAGCUGGCCUGUGUAGCUCUGGUGCAAAUUUGUGGUUCAUAGCUAAAGCUGUCUGGGAAAUAAAAGUGGUUUUGCCAAAUCCGUCCACAUGUCCUAGAAAUAAAGAUAUUUAAGUAUCCUCAAAUAUCUUUUGAUAUACAAACAUAUUUGUCCAUUUCAUCGUGUUUCUCUGUAUCUGGAGAGUAGGUGAGGUCUCUCCGAUUUUGUCCAACUCUGUUCUUCCAUGGAUUUGUCUUCUGGAGCUUGUAUAAUUGAACAUGAUGUCCUUCUAAGUGUCAUUAUAGUAAUUCUAUCUGAAUCAUGUUGCUGCUUUUAAGCAGUAUAUCUUUGGGAAGUAAUUUCCUGAGCAGACUGGAUGCUGUUAGAAAAACAGUGAU